AUGGUUGAUACUCAGUGGAUUUUCAGGAAUAAAUUGGAGGAACAUGACACAAUUACGAGGAACAAAGCUAGACUAGUUGCUCAAGGCUAUUCUCAGGAAGAAGUGUUUGUUGAACAACCUCUAGAAUUUAAAGAUAUUCACCAUCCUGAUUACGGAUAUUCUCGUGGUACUGUACUUGAUGGUGAAAGUUGCAUGGAAGACCAAAUGGGGAGAUUAAAGGUACAUACAUAUGUUGGCCUCCAUAUAGUUGAUGAAGAUCUAAAGGAAGAGAUUCUAGGGUUAAGAGAUGAGCUGCCAGGUGUUUCAAAUUUCAAACGCUCAGAAGAGAGAGAUGAAGAAAGGUUCAGUCGGUGGAAGACGAAGCACUCGCCGGAGCUCAGCCGCGGCGCUACUCGAAACGUCGCCUCUUUCCCCCAACCACUCUCCUCCCGCUCCCAAAUCGACGUUUUUCAAGAAGAUGACAGCUGUCAUGGCUUCUUCCGUCAUCGGAUCUCUUCUCCGCCAGCCGCGGACGCCAACGGCCUGGCAUCGAUCCCGGAUCUGAAGAACCUCGCCUCGUCGCGCCUCCAGGAUCUCAAGCAACACAUCGAUCGCUCUCACACCGAGAUCCUCAAGGAUUGCGAUUCCGCUCGCUCUCGACUCCACAAGCGCUUCAAGAUUCAGACUCAAGCAUGUCAGCAAAUGUUGGAUGAAGCAGACAAGGGAUACAAGAAGAAGACCCAAAGGACUAUUGAAAGUCGGGAAGCUAUGAUGGCUUCUUAUGCAGAAUUCAUAGUAGAUGCACAGGCCUCGGCUUCUCGUGGUAUGUCUAUGGCUUAGUAUCUUUCUUGCUUGCAUACAAAAGGAAAUUUUCGUAACUCAUGUCUGAGUUCUCAUACUUUGCUAGGAGAAAGUUAAUUGUUGGUGUAAAUGCAAUGUUGUGCUGUCACUUUAAAUCUUGAGAUACAAUCCAUAGCCUGUCAAAAUU